ACAAACAGUGGGCACUACCACUGAAACCACUUACCCACCCACUUCCACCAAUACAUUCACCAUAUCCACAACUCCUCUACCACCUUCGUCCACUGCAGCCACAACAGAAACAAGCGAGGUGACCUCUGCAAUGUCCAAUGCAACAUCCGUGCAGACGUCUACAUUUGCUCCUACCACGGACACCUCUACAGACACUACGGAAUUUACCUCUACUUCCCCGGCGACUUCACCAGUCACUCCCAUGAGUACAGUUCAUUCUUCCACGACCACCACCCCUGCUCCUAUGGCCACCAACAUAGUAACAUUACCCACACACACGCUUUUGUCUUCUUCACCUGUCCCAAGUACUGAAACAGUCAGCAGUGAGACUACAAACACUACCCUGACGCCCUCUAUGACUACUAAACUCCUUACCACUGAUGCCAUAUCUAUACCUACAUCUGAGACGACAGGCUCUAAUACUCCAAGUAAUACUGUCUCCGAUCCCACAACUGAAAUCACAUCUGAGAUCAUUACCACUGAUGCAACUACAACCUUCAUAGCACCCACUUCUACAACUUUUCCAACUACACAAACAGCCAGGUCCACUACCACAGACUCUGUAACAACACCCACUCUGACAACCACACACAGGACAUCAGGUGCCACUUUCACACACACCCUGUCCACAGAGAGCACAGCCACAUCAGCAAUCAGCUCCUCUGCAACUACCUCUGGUACUGAAGAGACAUCAACUAAUACACCGUCAUCUCUUACUAGCAGCACGACUACAGCAACACCUACUACAAUCACCCUCUCACCUAUGGUUACCACAGGUACAUUUAAUACGACAGCCAGCACCUCAGCGCACACUGUCAGCAGUGCAUCAGGAACCUCCACAACUAUCAUUCCACCUUCCUCCACUCACCAAAACACGGAAACAACAUUCGGUGUUACCACAUCAUCUUCCACAAGGCCCACUGUGAUCACUUCACCUCCAAUUACUGAAAGCACCCCUACACUUCCUGUCACUAGGACAAUUCCUGUUACCGCUGACAUCUCCACUUCGACAUUUACCAGCAGUACAUGGACAACUCCCACAGAGAGUGUCUACACAUCUCCAACCAGCACACAAACAGUGGGCACUACAGCUGAAACCACCUUGUUACCCACUUCCACCAAUACAUUCACAACAUCCACAACUCCAUUACCACCUUCAUCCACUGCAGCCACAACAGAAAUAAGCAAGUUGACCGUCACAACAUCUAAUUCAAUAUCUGUGCAGACAUCUACACUUACUCCUACCACGGACACCUCUAUAGACACUCUCAUUACGGAAUUUACCUCUACUUCCCUGGCCACUUCAUCAGUCACUCCCACAAGUACAGUCCAUUCUUCCACGCCUACCACCCCUGCUGCCAUGACCACCGAUACAGUAACAUCACCCAGACACAUGCUUUCGUCUUCUUCACCGGUCUUAAGUACAGAAGCAGUCAGCAGUGAGACUACAAACACUGCCCCGACGUCCUCCAUGACUACCACACUCCUUACCACUGAUGCCAUAUCUACUCCUAAAUCUGAGCCCACAGGCUCUAACUCUCCAAGUAGUACUGUCACCACUCCCACAACUGAAAGCACAUCUGCGAUCACUACCACUGAUGUAUCAACAGCUACUACAUUCAUCACACCCACGUCUCCAACUUUCCCAGCUACACAAACAGCCAGUUCCACUACCACAGACUCUGUAACAACACCCACUCUGACGAACACGCACAGGACAUCAGGUGUCACUUACACACGCACCCUCUCCACAGACAGGACAUCCACAUUGACUAUCAACUCAUCUGCCACCACCUCUGGUACCGAGGGCACAUCAACAAAUAUACCUCCAUCAUCUCUUAGUACUGGCAUGACUACAGCAACACCUACAACAGUCACCCUCUCACCCACGGUUACCACAGAUACAUUUAGUAUGACAGCCAUCACUGCAACGGACACUGUUAGGACUACAUCAGGAACCCCCACAAAUAUCAUUGCAUCUUCCUCCACUCACCAAAACACAGAAACAACAUUCAGUUUUACCACAUCGUCUUCCUUAAUGCCCACGAUGACCACUUUGCCUGCAAGUACGGAAAGCACCUCUACACGUCCCGUCACUACGACCAUUCCUACUACGUCUGCUGCCUCCACUUCAACGUUUCCAAGUAGUACGUGGACAACUCCCACAGAGAGUGCCUACAAGUCUCUAACCAGCACACAAACAGUGGGCACUACCACUGAAACCACUUACCCACCCACUUCCACCAAUACAUUCACCAUAUCCACAACUCCUCUACCACCUUCGUCCACUGCAGCCACAACAGAAACAAGCGAGGUGACCUCUGCAAUGUCCAAUGCAACAUCCGUGCAGACGUCUACAUUUGCUCCUACCACGGACACCUCUACAGACACUACGGAAUUUACCUCUACUUCCCCGGCGACUUCACCAGUCACUCCCAUGAGUACAGUUCAUUCUUCCACGACCACCACCCCUGCUCCUAUGGCCACCAACAUAGUAACAUUACCCACACACACGCUUUUGUCUUCUUCACCUGUCCCAAGUACUGAAACAGUCAGCACUACAAACACUACCCUGACGCCCUCUAUGACUACUAAACUCCUUACCACUGAUGCCAUAUCUAUACCUACAUCUGAGACGACAGGCUCUAAUACUCCAAGUAGUACUGUCUCCAAUCCCACAACUGAAAUCACAUCUGUGAUCAUUACCACUGAUGCAACUACAACCUUCAUCACACCCACUUCUACAACUUUUCCAACUACACAAACAGCCAGGUCCACUACCACAGACUCUGUAACAACACCCACUCUGACAACCACACACAGGACAUCAGGUGCCACUUUCACACACACCCUGUCCACAGAGAGCACAGCCACAUCAGCAAUCAGCUCCUCUGCAACUACCUCUGGUACUGAAGAGACAUCAACUAAUACACCGUCAUCUCUUACUAGCAGCACGACUACAGCAACACCUACUACAAUCACCCUCUCACCUACGGUUACCACAGGUACAUUUAAUACGACAGCCAGCACCUCAGCGCACACUGUCAGCAGUGCAUCAGGAACCUCCACAACUAUCAUUCCACCUUCCUCCACUCACCAAAACACGGAAACAACAUUCGGUGUUACCACAUCAUCUUCCACAAGGCCCACUGUGAUCACUUCACCUCCAAUUACUGAAAGCGCCCCUACACUUCCUGUCACUAGGACAAUUCCUGUUACCGCUGACAUCUCCACUUCGACAUUUACCAGCAGUACAUGGACAACUCCCACAGAGAGUGUCUACACAUCUCCAACCAGCACACAAACAGUGGGCACUACAGCUGAAACCACCUUGUUACCCACUUCCACCAAUACAUUCACAACAUCCACAACUCCAUUACCACCUUCAUCCACUGCAGCCACAACAGAAAUAGGCAAGUUGACCGUCACAACAUCUAAUUCAAUAUCUGUGCAGACAUCUACACUUACUCCUACCACGGACACCUCUAUAGACACUCUCAUUACGGAAUUUACCUCUACUUCCCUGGCCACUUCAUCAGUCACUCCCACAAGUACAGUCCAUUCUUCCACGCCUACCACCCCUGCUGCCAUGACCACCGAUACAGUAACAUCACCCAGACACAUGCUUUCGUCUUCUUCACCGGUCUUAAGUACAGAAGCAGUCAGCAGUGAGACUACAAACACUGCCCCGACGUCCUCCAUGACUACCACACUCCUUACCACUGAUGCCAUAUCUACUCCUAAAUCUGAGCCCACAGGCUCUAACUCUCCAAGUAGUACUGUCACCACUCCCACAACUGAAAGCACAUCUGCGAUCACUACCACUGAUGUAUCAACAGCUACUACAUUCAUCACACCCACGUCUCCAACUUUCCCAGCUACACAAACAGCCAGUUCCACUACCACAGACUCUGUAACAACACCCACUCUGACGAACACGCACAGGACAUCAGGUGUCACUUACACACGCACCCUCUCCACAGACAGGACAUCCACAUUGACUAUCAACUCAUCUGCCACCACCUCUGGUACCGAGGGCACAUCAACAAAUAUACCUCCAUCAUCUCUUAGUACUGGCAUGACUACAGCAACACCUACAACAGUCACCCUCUCACCCACGGUUACCACAGAUACAUUUAGUAUGACAGCCAUCACUGCAACGGACACUGUUAGGACUACAUCAGGAACCCCCACAAAUAUCAUUGCAUCUUCCUCCACUCACCAAAACACAGAAACAACAUUCAGUUUUACCACAUCGUCUUCCUUAAUGCCCACGAUGACCACUUUGCCUGCAAGUACGGAAAGCACCUCUACACGUCCCGUCACUACGACCAUUCCCACUACAUCUGCUGCCUCCACUUCAACGUUUCCAAGCAGUACGUGGACAACUCCCACAGAGAGUGUCUACAAGUCUCCAAGCAGCACACAAACAGUGGGCACUACCACUGAAACCACUUACCCACCCACUUCCACCAAUACAUUCACCAUAUCCACAACUCCUCUACCACCUUCGUCCACUGCAGCCACAACAGAAACAAGCGAGGUGACCUCUGCAAUGUCCAAUGCAACAUCCGUGCAGACGUCUACAUUUGCUCCUACCACGGACACCUCUACAGACACUACGGAAUUUACCUCUACUUCCCCGGCGACUUCACCAGUCACUCCCAUGAGUACAGUUCAUUCUUCCACGACCACCACCCCUGCUCCUAUGGCCACCAACAUAGUAACAUUACCCACACACACGCUUUUGUCUUCUUCACCUGUCCCAAGUACUGAAACAGUCAGCAGUGAGACUACAAACACUACCCUGACGCCCUCUAUGACUACUAAACUCCUUACCACUGAUGCCAUAUCUAUACCUACAUCUGAGACGACAGGCUCUAAUACUCCAAGUAGUACUGUCUCCAAUCCCACAACUGAAAUCACAUCUGUGAUCAUUACCACUGAUGCAACUACAACCUUCAUCACACCCACUUCUACAACUUUUCCAACUACACAAACAGCCAGGUCCACUACCACAGACUCUGUAACAACACCCACUCUGACAACCACACACAGGACAUCAGGUGCCACUUUCACACACACCCUGUCCACAGAGAGCACAGCCACAUCAGCAAUCAGCUCCUCUGCAACUACCUCUGGUACUGAAGAGACAUCAACUAAUACACCGUCAUCUCUUACUAGCAGCACGACUACAGCAACACCUACUACAAUCACCCUCUCACCUACGGUUACCACAGGUACAUUUAAUACGACAGCCAGCACCUCAGCGCACACUGUCAGCAGUGCAUCAGGAACCUCCACAACUAUCAUUCCACCUUCCUCCACUCACCAAAACACGGAAACAACAUUCGGUGUUACCACAUCAUCUUCCACAAGGCCCACUGUGAUCACUUCACCUCCAAUUACUGAAAGCACCCCUACACUUCCUGUCACUAGGACAAUUCCUGUUACCGCUGACAUCUCCACUUCGACAUUUACCAGCAGUACAUGGACAACUCCCACAGAGAGUGUCUACACAUCUCCAACCAGCACACAAACAGUGGGCACUACAGCUGAAACCACCUUGUUACCCACUUCUACCAAUACAUUCACAACAUCCACAACUCCAUUACCACCUUCAUCCACUGCAGCCACAACAGAAAUAGGCAAGUUGACUGUCACAACAUCUAAUUCAAUAUCUGUGCAGACAUCUACACUUACUCCUACCACGGACACCUCUAUAGACACUCUCAUUACGGAAUUUACCUCUACUUCCCUGGCCACUUCAUCAGUCACUCCCACAAGUACAGUCCAUUCUUCCACGCCUACCACCCCUGCUGCCAUGACCACCGGUACAGUAACAUCACCCAGACACAUGCUUUCGUCUUCUUCACCGGUCUUAAGUACAGAAGCAGUCAGCAGUGAGACUACAAACACUGCCCCGACGUCCUCCAUGACUACCACACUCCUUACCACUGAUGCCAUAUCUACUCCUAAAUCUGAGCCCACAGGCUCUAACUCUCCAAGUAGUACUGUCACCACUCCCACAACUGAAAGCACAUCUGCGAUCACUACCACUGAUGUAUCAACAGCUACUACAUUCAUCACACCCACGUCUCCAACUUUCCCAGCUACACAAACAGCCAGUUCCACUACCACAGACUCUGUAACAACACCCACUCUGACGAACACGCACAGGACAUCAGGUGUCACUUACACACGCACCCUCUCCACAGACAGGACAUCCACAUUGACUAUCAACUCAUCUGCCACCACCUCUGGUACCGAGGGCACAUCAACAAAUAUACCUCCAUCAUCUCUUAGUACUGGCAUGACUACAGCAACACCUACAACAGUCACCCUCUCACCCACGGUUACCACAGAUACAUUUAGUAUGACAGCCAUCACUGCAACGGACACUGUUAGGACUACAUCAGGAACCCCCACAAAUAUCAUUGCAUCUUCCUCCACUCACCAAAACACAGAAACAACAUUCAGUUUUACCACAUCGUCUUCCUUAAUGCCCACGAUGACCACUUUGCCUGCAAGUACGGAAAGCACCUCUACACGUCCCAUCACUACGACCAUUCCCACUACAUCUGCUGCCUCCACUUCAACGUUUCCAAGCAGUACGUGGACAACUCCCACAGAGAGUGUCUACAAGUCUCCAAGCAGCACACAAACAGUGGGCACUACCACUGAAACCACUUCCCCACCCACUUCCACCAAUACAUUCACCAUAUCCACAACUCCUCUACCACCUUCGUCCACUGCAGCCACAACAGAAACAAGCGAGGUGACUGCUGCAACGUCCUAUGCAACAUCCGUGCAGACGUCUACAUUUGCUCCUACCACGGACACCUCUACAGACACUACGGAAUUUACCUCUACUUCCCCGGCGACUUCACCAGUCACUCCCAUGAGUACAGUUCAUUCUUCCACGACCACCACCCCUGCUCCUAUGGCCACCAACAUAGUAACAUUACCCACACACACGCUUUUGUCUUCUUCACCUGUCCCAAGUACUGAAACAGUCAGCACUACAAACACUACCCUGACGCCCUCUAUGACUACUAAACUCCUUACCACUGAUGCCAUAUCUAUACCUACAUCUGAGACGACAGGCUCUAAUACUCCAAGUAGUACUGUCUCCAAUCCCACAACUGAAAUCACAUCUGUGAUCAUUACCACUGAUGCAACUACAACCUUCAUCACACCCACUUCUACAACUUUUUCAACUACACAAACAGCCAGGUCCACUACCACAGACUCUGUAACAACACCCACUCUGGCAACCACACACAGGACAUCAGGUGCCACUUUCACACACACCCUGUCCACAGAGAGCACAGCCACAUCAGCAAUCAGCUCCUCUGCAACUACCUCUGGUACUGAAGAGACAUCAACUAAUACACCAUCAUCUCUUACUAGCAGCACGACUACAGCAACACCUACUACAAUCACCCUCUCACCUAUGGUUACCACAGGUACAUUUAAUACGACAGCCAGCACCUCAACGCACACUGUCAGCAGUGCAUCAGGAACCUCCACAACUAUCAUUCCACCUUCCUCCACUCACCAAAACACGGAAACAACAUUCAGUGUUACCACAUCGUCUUCCACAAGGCCCACUGUGAUCACUUCACCUCCAAUUACUGAAAGCACCCCUACACUUCCUGUCACUAGGACUAUUCCUGUUACCGCUGACAUCUCCACUUCGACAUUUACCAGCAACAUCUACACUUACUCCUACCACGGACAUCUCUACAGACACUCUCACUACGGAAUUCACCUCUACCUCCCCGGCCACUUCAUCAGUCACUCCCACAAGUACAGUCCAUUCUUCCACGCCUACCACCCCUGCUGCCAUGACCACCGAUACAGUAACAUCACCCAGACACAUGCUUUCGUCUUCUUCACCGGUCUUAAACAGGACAUCCACAUCGACUAUCAACUCAUCUGCAACUACCUCUGGUACCGAGGGCACAUCAACGAAUAUACCUUCAUCAUCUCUUUGGACAGGCAUGACUACAGCAACACCUACUACAGUCACAUUCUCACUCGCCGUUACCACAGCCACAAUAGAAACAAGCGAGGUGACCGCUGCAACAUCUGA